AUGUUUUCGAAAAAUCAUAGACUAAGGCUGUUGGCCUUGGUAUCUACAAGUGUCUUGCUAAACUCAGUAACAGCGGCGACAGCAGAUGGUUGUGGAGCAGUUUCCGAUGUCAUCAAGUCACAUAAUCAUGGUCAUCCAACAGCAAGCACACAACGAUUCAACGCUUCCAUUGCUCUUCAGUGCCUUCAAUCUGUACCACUAGAUGUACAGCGCUCAUCAGAUUUUGUUGAUUAUAUAGAGCCAUUCUGGCAGUUCCAGAGUACUCUUGCCUAUCUCAAAGAUCCUCCAUCAGGCUACCCGUUACCUGGCGCUGAUAUGCUAGGAGGUCUAGCUGAGAUUAAAGAAAAUGUCAAUUCAGGGUAUUAUACAAACCAAUGGGAGUUUGAAAAGGAUCUUCAUGCUCUAGGGAACAUAUUGCCUCACGAUUUUCACGUCAACUUACCUCUUCCCUUGAUGAGCGUCUUCUCCUUUUCUACUGCAGAUGGUCCAUUGGUAUCAAUAUCAUCCGACGGCUUAGCAAUGCCAGAGAUAUAUUUUAAAUAUGAUCUUGACAAGCAGAACAACAUGACACUAUCCAAAACAGGUAAUUGGACAGCAUCACCACUGGUCAAAGUCAACGACCUGAAUGCCACUUUAUAUCUUGAAUUUCUCAGUCAGAGCACAAGUGUUUAUCAAGACAACGAUGCCAACUACAACCAAAUGUUUUAUUCGUUACCGAGUCUGGCCUUUUCCGGAGGCAGUGGAAUGUUUACUUCUGGAGCAUAUAUUUAUGGAUUUUCGGCCGAUGUUAUUCAAUAUACUUUCGCCAAUGGAACCAGCACAAACGCCGAAAUAUAUGCAUCAACAAGCCUCGAUUUCACAUCCAUAUCAUCGGGACAAGAUCUAUUCAACGCUGUAGAUCUACCGGAAUCAGAACCAGCAUCUUCAAGUUCCUCAGUCUCAGACAGUCAACAGAGCACCAGAACUAAGACAGCAGCAAGAUCAAUUACAUCACUUAACGGCUAUCCCCAACCGAUCGUCAUGCAUCCAGACGGCUAUACAAGCGGUUACUUUUUAGAAGAUACCAUGACUGCAGUUUUAGUAAUGCAGGGGUUCAACGACCCUUAUCAAAAAGAUGGUAAAGCAGCAGUCGAACAACAAAGAGUGAUCAGUGAGUUCUUGGCUGAAUGUCAGAAGGCCAAAAUGGAAUACUUGAUCGUAGACGUACAAGCAAACGGAGGCGGCUAUCUGUUCAGCGGAUAUGAUGCUUUCAAACAGAUUUUCCCAUCCUUAGUUCCAUUUGGUGCAUCACGAUACCGAGCCACCCCGCUGGUAAAUUAUAUGGGUACCAUAUUCACUGGUGCCGGAAAUUACGAUACCAGUCAUGAUUACCUUUUUCAGACACAAUCAGAACUCGAUGGCAAUGGACAACCAUUUCAAAGUUGGAAUCAGGAAGCCCCUAACACGCCGAUUUACGGUGAUAACUUUACUGCGGAACUUCGUUACAACCUUUCGGAUCACGUCACGAUGUCCCAAGCAGCAGGCAUUAAUGUCACAGGCUACCUAGACGAGAGCAACCCUCCCCCAGCGGUCUUCAAUGCCUCGAACAUUGUGAUGCUUAUGGAUGGCGGUUGCGGCUCCACAUGUGCUCUCUUCGCUGAGAUGAUGAAAGCUCAAGGUGGUGUGCGAAGUGUUGCCGUUGGAGGUCGCCCACAAACAGGUCCUCAACAAGGAGUGUGCGGUUCUAAAGGCGCCCAAGUACUGACCUACAAUGGCGUUGCAUCUCAUCUUGAAGCUCUACCAGACGCGCAAGCAGCCUAUCUUCAAAAAGGACUCGAAUUGCCCGACUACCCAGCUCCCGAAUAUAUCCCUAAUAUCAAAGCCAACGCAUCCCUCGGAUCUACAUCAAGACUGAUGUCCGGCGGUCGUUUCAACCUUCGAAAUAACAUGCACGACGACGAUGAAACAUUCGCACCCCUGCAAUUCCAAUACGAAGCUGCUAAUUGUCGUUUAUUCUAUACUAAAAAUGAUAUCUACGAUACCACCGGCUUAUGGAUGAGGGUUCAAUCGGUAGUAUGGAGAGGCCAGCCUUGUGUUUCCGGUAGUACUAUUAACGGUGACGAUACCAUAUCCUCCGGCGCCUACGACACCGUACCAUUUGGCCAUUCCGCAUUACCGAAUAUUGAGUUACCGGCUCAGCCAGGCUUGGUACCUAUUGGGAAGGGAGUCAAGAGUUGGGCUAGCGAGAGUGGAAACCGAGAAGAGAGUGCGCAGAAAGCUUUUGUGGGGGCCAUUUGGAAUGGAUUGCUGUGA